UGUAUAAAUGUCAAAAUCAACUUUAGAGAAAAAGAGAAAGAAGUACUGGACCAAAUACUUGGACCAGGUCGCUAUGACGCCCGUAUUCGUCCAUCUGGUGUAAACGGCACAGAUGGGCCUGCCAUUGUCCAGGUAAACCUGUUUGUGCGCAGCAUAGCAACCAUAAGCGACAUCAAGAUGGAAUACAGUGUACAACUUACAUUUCGGGAGCAGUGGUUAGAUGAGAGGCUGAAGUUUAACGACUUUGGAGGACGGUUAAAAUAUUUAACGCUCACAGAGGCAAACAGGGUCUGGAUGCCGGAUCUGUUUUUCUCAAACGAAAAAGAGGGCCAUUUUCACAAUAUCAUCAUGCCAAAUGUCUACAUUCGCAUUUUUCCUACUGGAUCAGUAUUAUAUAGUAUAAGAAUUUCGCUCACACUUUCAUGUCCAAUGAACCUGAAGUUAUACCCAUUGGAUAGACAAAUAUGUUCCUUAAGAAUGGCCAGUUAUGGAUGGACUACAGAUGAUCUGGUCUUCCUAUGGAAGCAGGGUGAUCCUGUACAAGUAGUUAAGAAUUUACAUUUACCAAGAUUUACUUUAGAAAAAUUUUUAACUGACUAUUGUAACAGUAAAACGAAUACAGGUGAAUACAGUUGUUUGAAAGUAGAUCUACUAUUCAAGCGAGAGUUUAGUUACUAUUUAAUCCAAAUUUAUAUACCCUGUUGUAUGCUUGUGAUAGUAUCUUGGGUAUCCUUCUGGUUAGACCAAGGAGCUGUUCCAGCUCGUGUAUCAUUAGGUGUUACCACCCUUUUGACCAUGGCGACCCAAACCUCGGGUAUUAAUGCCUCCCUGCCACCGGUCUCGUACACAAAAGCCAUAGAUGUUUGGACAGGAGUUUGUCUGACAUUCGUAUUUGGAGCACUUUUAGAGUUUGCACUUGUAAAUUACGCUUCUCGAUCAGACAUGCACAGAGAAAAUAUGAAGAAACAAAGAAGGCAAUGUGAACUUGAACAUGCUGCUUCCUUGGAUGCUACGUCUGAUCUUAUUGACACAGAGAGCAACGCCACAUUUGCAAUGAAACCCUUAGUGCGACAUCCUGCAGAUCCUAUGAGUUUAGAGAAAGUCCGCCAGUGUGAAAUCCACAUGCAGCCCACACGCCCCAAUUGUUGUAGAUCGUGGUUGUCCAAAUUCCCCACCAGGUCAAAACGCAUCGACGUAAUCUCGAGAAUAACCUUUCCCUUAGUGUUCGCAUUGUUCAAUGUUAUAUAUUGGUCAACAUACCUGUUCAGAGAAGAAGCCGAAGAAUCCUAAACUUCACUAAAACAUUAAUUAUUGUGAUUUUUCAUAAGUGUAAAUAUAUCAGUUACAAACAA